AUGCAUUAUCCUUCACCCUAUGGACCAACCUCUGCGUCCUGGGUACUGGGAAAUGAUUCAAACACCAGACUACCCAUCUACGAUGGAGACGAUGACCCGGUAGUAUUUCACGAACAUGUGAACAGAUUCUAUGAGAUACUAGAGAAGGCAUUCGAUUACCAAUCAGCUGCAAUUGCUGCACAUCCAAAACUUUGCGCAUCUCGAUCAUAUUUAGAAGGUUGGGACUUUGAGAGCCUGGCUACAGAGCGUGACCCAAUUCUUGCAAGAGCAACAAAGCUGGAUUCAGCCGGGAUGGCCUGGGUUGAUCUGAUUCGAUCUGUUCGUGCAAUCACUCUCUUCGGUCGCGAGUUCGGUGACAUUAUCCACCCCGUUGAUGCCUGUUCGAAAUGGAGUCGGGUCCCCUGCGGAAAGUCUUACCUUGUAAUUUCUCACGAAGAUCUUAAAGAUAUCGUCGAUUCUUGGUGCGGAGAUUUGCAUUCAAGUCCAAGGAUGUUGACUGAUAAGAUAAUCUGGCAUACCUCGAACAACACCUCAACGAAAUGUCGAUGCAUUCCCGCAGAGGAGAUUCCGCAUUCUGACAUCGCCCAAGUUCUUCUACCAUCAACAGUGGCCUCUCAAAUUCCCGGCCAAAAGCUCCACAGAGAAGAAAACGAAGAGGGUGCCUACAUCUUCGGGCUGAAUCCAAACAAUUUAUGGCAUUGGCCGGAGACUGGCGAUCCAUCUCCACCACCUACCUCGCUGGUUUGCAAGCAUGAACACGAAAAUGGUCCUUCUGUCUCGCAUGAAAAUGGAGUUGGAGAGAGGCACGACUCAACAAGUUUGACUCAGAAUGGUAGCCAGGGCCAGUAUCCUGUACAGCGACGUGAAGAGUUAUUACGGCAACCAUCUACACUCUUGACGAGCGAUAGUUAUACUAUUGGGAUUAUCUGCGCCCUUCAUCUAGAGCUCAUGGCCGUUCAAAUUCUGUUUGAUAGCACCCAUGAAGUCGCGGUCUCAUCGAAAGACCCCAACUCCUACCGCUUUGGAUCGAUAAAUCAACAUAAUGUCGUUACAACCUGUCUUCCGGACGGUGAAUAUGGAACCAAUUCAGCCGCCAGCGUGGCUUCAAACAUGAAACGAAGCUUCGGUUCCCUGCAGAUUUGCCUGUUCGUAGGCAUCGGAGGGGGCGCCCCUUCUGCGCGCCACGAUAUCCGGCUGGGUGAUGUCGUCGUGAGCACGCCAGUCGGGAAAGACAUUGGAGUGAUUCAGUAUGAUAUGAUCAAGACCCUGGAGAACGGCCGUUCCCAGAUGAACGGAUACUUGCAACCACCUCCCAGGACCGUCAGGUCAGUGCUGAGUGUCAUGCAGUCCGACCCCAAACACUCAAGGCCAAACUUAGGGCCAUAUUUGCAGGCCAUAAGUGAUGCGAAUGGGGAUUACGGCAGCCCAGAUGUAUCCACCGACAAUCUCUACGAAUCCUUAUAUUCUCAUCCUGAAGACAUGGAAACUUGUGACGGAUGUGACGUGUCUAUGAUUCGGCCAAGACUGGCAAGAACAAGUAGACUGCCAAGAGUGCAUUAUGGCUUGAUUGGAUCAGGAAAUCAAGUGAUGAGAGAUGCAAAAAUAAGAGAUGCUUUGGCAAAAAAGCACAAUGUGCUUUGUUUUGAGAUGGAAGCUGCUGGCGUCAUGAACGUCUUACCUUCCCUCAUCAUUCGCGGCAUAUGCGACUACUCUGACUCACAUAAAAACAACCGGUGGCAGAAGUAUGCUGCCGCGACCGCUGCAGCAUAUACCAAACUUCUCUUGUCUCACUUAAAGCCUGGUUUGGACUCGAAAUACAUUCUUUCUUCUCUCGAUCAACAAUUCAGCUUUGAUGAACCCGAGAAACAUCAUGUCUGGAUAGGUGGACGGAAAAGCUCUGGUGAUGACAGAGGAACUGUGAAAAGACAACGCACAAUGGGGACAUCUUUUCAGUCAAAUCCAUGGAGGUGA